CUAGUUACUACUACUAGUAUAUGCAUGCAAAGGUUGCCUAGAAACAACUAUUUUAAGGAAUGGAAGGAGGCUCCCAGAAAGGAAAGAACAUGGAGGAAGGAGGAUCAGGAGGCGAAGUUAGAUACAGAGGAGUAAGGAAAAGGCCAUGGGGAAAAUACGCGGCUGAGAUACGUGAUUUGCGUAAACAAGGUGCGCGUGCAUGGUUAGGCACGUUUAAUACCGCAGAAGAAGCGGCUCGAGCUUAUGAUAAAGCUGCUUUUGAAAUGAGAGGUUCGUUAGCUGUUCUUAACUUUCCUAAUGAGUAUCCUUCUAUGAAUACUCGUGGUAAUGUUUCUUCUUCGUCAUCGGGCGGGAAACAAGUUUUUGAAUUUGAUUAUUAUGAUGAUCAACUAUUGGAAGAUAUGCUUGGGUCUGAAGAAGAAGAGAAUAAGAAAAAAGGGAGAAAAUGAAAAUUAGCAAUCAAAAAAAUGUACUAAUGAUGAAUUAGUUCAUUAGAACUACUUCAUAGUACUAAUUAAAUAUAUAUUUUCGAUAAAUCUAUCUUAUAAGUAUAUCCCAGCGGUACCUAUUUUCGUUUCGAUCUUGAUUAAUAUUUAGGGAUGGAUUUUAUAUAAUCUAAUCUGAACCUAUAUUAAAAAAAAAAUGGGAUGAAAGACUUAAAAGUUAGUGUACGUACAUGAAAAUAAAUUUAAAGAUGAUUACGGCAAUGGUUGCUAAAUUA